UAAUUCCAUCAUAAUCGGUGUUCUGCUUUGUUGAGGUUCGUGGUCACGUGGAUCAUAUCGAAGGAUUCUUGGGGAUAUGGUAAAUGUACCACGACAAUGACAUCAAAAGGGCGCUGGAACGACGAGGAUGGACGAGAAGGAGAAAAUAUACCAAUGGCUGGCCGUGGCAGGCGGGAGGAAGAAGAGGAUGGGGGAAAGGUACACAUUGAGCGGAAGAAUCAAGAUGACAAUAAGUUGCAAGAAACUAUCGCAGCAGGCUUGGAAUUGGAGAAAAGAAAGCCAGCAGAUUACGUGGAUUCAGUGAAGAAGUUGACGAUUGGACUGAAUGAAAUAGAGAAAAAUCCACAGAUUGGCAGACAAGCAGAGGUGAAGGAGAGGAUGAAGACCAUAUUGGACGAGUAUAAACAAUCAUUUAAAUUCAAAGAAUUCAAAGACAAUAAUUCUCGCACGCCGUUGCACUGGGGAUGUAUUCUCGGAAACGAAUUCACGGUCUCGCUGUUCCUCGAUGAGGGAGCGGACCCAAACGGCCAGGACAAGUGGUUGAACACGCCGCUUCAUUACGCCACCUACUUUUGUCCGGGCGUCAUCCUGAUGUUGUUGGAGAGGGGGGCCAACAUUUGGAUUCCCAACGAGGAAUACGAAACCCCACUUCAGAGGAUUCCCCCAGACACACUGGAGAAGUAUUUGAACGGGUGUAUACAGGAAAAGGGCAGAGGUUAUGACUACAAUGCUGAACUGGAUUUCACCUUCCUGAUGCCGCCAGAGAAAGCAAAAAAAUCAAAGGACGUGGAACGGUCGAGAGACGAAGAGCCGGUGUUUGCCGAGACGACCGGUCUCUGGUGGAUGACUAAGAGCCCCAAGCAUCACAGGGUCCUCAAACAUCCAAUCAUCACUGCAUUCCUGGAUCUCAAGUGGCAAAAGAUCUCUAAAGUCUACAAACUGCACUGCUGCGCAUACAUGCUUCAUCUGGUCGUACUAUACGUCUUUCUCGACGCCGGAGCGUUCCCAAGCAUGCAGGAUGCACGAAAAUCUAUGACACGCGGGUCGAACAUGGAGUGCCCUUGUGACAAUAGUUUUGCUUCAUCUGGAGACGAUAAUGUCACAAAAGAAGUGUUCCUCGACCGUAAAACGUACUUCCCGUUCAUGUCCACGGGAUGGACUGUGAUGCGAUUCGUGGUGGUCUUUCUCAAUUCCUUCAUCUUGCUCCUAGAGAUCUUUCAGCUCCUCUUAAACCCCUUCAGGUACCUGAUGAACUUGAUGAACAUUCUAAAGGUGGCCAUGGUGGCAUCCACGUACGUCUUCCUCUUCGUUGACGACAUGGACUGGGGUUGCUGGAGUGGCGUACUCACCCUCUUUUUCUCCCUCUCUGAGGUGAUCCGUAUCGGGAGCCAGCUCCCUUUCUUUUCCAUCUACGUCCACACAUUCACCACCAUCGCUGCAAAAUUCCUCAUAUUGAUUUUUUGGUCUUGGUCGGUGUUGGUAAUCAUGUAUUCCUCCGUCUUUAUGUUUCUUUUUUAUACUGCGGACGAGUUCACUUCCUUCCUAUCAUCGCUGUCGAAGACCAUCGUAAUGCUGAUCGGGGAGUUUGGCUACGAGAACAUCCCCUUUGAAAGGUACUGGGGAUUGAGUCAUCUCACUUUCUUAACGUUCGUUGUCUUCGUGACGGUCAUAUUGAUGAAUGUGAUGGGUUUGGCCGUCGGCGAGACGCAGAACAUCAAGGAAAAAGCUGAAGCUCUGCAGUAUGUGUCUCAGGUGAAGCUCAUCUUCUACGUGGAGUCCAUUUUCCUCCAGGACCCGGAAUACAUCUUCCACGUGUUCAACAUCUGGACUUGCGCGAAGAAGUGGCGUAGGGAAUCCAUGCUGAAGCGACGAUCUCGUUUCCGAUUUCCUUCUCUUGUAAACAUUUUUCCGUGCUUUAACCCCAUCCUCAGAUUCUUGGCAAUGAAACUCAUGCUGCUUCAAGCGGACGACGGGUGGCAUCCGACGUUGCCGGUGCACCCAAUGAUGGACCUCGUCAAGGAGCUGGACAUCCCAGGAGAGAUAUCGUCAUCUCUCGGUUCUGCAAGCGAACAGACACGGACAACACGGAGGACCCAUGUGAUUCAAAUGGAUACUGAUGCGCCCAAAAGUAAUUCACGUGCAAGCAGACGGGAAUCGGAGUCACGGGAGACAUCUUUAAAGGCUCUCAGUCUGUGCCACCGGGAAGCGGAGAAUCUCAUCUGUUUUUUGAAUGAAGCACGCAAGCAAAACUACUAA